CUCGGAAAGUAUGUUGUUAUGUGAAAGGGAGUUCCUGUUGCAAUGACUAUAAUGCCUGUGAUGACAAUGAUGUGAUGUGCAAUGACUAUAAUGCCUAAUAGUGACCUGUUGCAAUGCCUUCCAUGUGGCAUGUCAGUAAAGUGGUUGAAAGUGAUUGCCCACUCUUGAGUGUGUCUUAUGUUUGUCCUGUUUUUAACGCUCUUACGUCAUGAAAGUCUGUCACCAGCAAGGCCAAAAAGAUAUUUUAUUUAACUACAUGUAGUUAAACGACUAGUUAAACUACCUGAUUGUAGUUAAAAGGUAGUUAUCAACUACUUGCAGAAAUGUAGUGGAAACUACUAUUUAAACUCCUACUUCGAGUGGUUAAAUACAGUAAUUAGGUUUCUGCAGGCAACAGCUACUUCCGAUUUUGCCACAAGCGUUACGGCACGACUGUGCUUCCGACUUUUACCUCGAGCUACUCGUCUGAUGAGAACGGAGGUGCAGAGCAAUUGAACCUCUGAAUGCAAUAAGGGGAUAAGUCGACUUAUCCUCUUUUUACUAUUUUUGUUGCAAUGACAUCUACGUACCAGUAUGCACCUGCCAAUGAAAAUUUAGGACCUUAUUGCGAUUUGUUGGCCAGCUACAGCAUGGUAAAAAAUGGGAAAUGCAUGUGUGUCAAUGGGAUGGACAAUCAGAUCAGGCCCCUUUUCUCAUUUUGGGAUUUUUCGACAUAUCCCCUUAUUGCAUACAGAGGUUCAAUUGUGCCGUGCAUGUGUACUAAAUCAUAUUUUAGCGUACACACACGUUUAGGUGUCCAAGAACACUACAGGGGUUGGUGUUGACGGACAACGUUAAGUAGUUAUAGAUGUAGUUAAAAUACAUUGCAGUAGCUAAAGUAGUUGUCUAAACUACUCCCCCGAAAAGUAGUCAAACUACUAGUUAAACUACUUCAUUGCAAAGUAUUUAGUAGUUAUAGUUAAACUACUGUAGAAGUAGUUCGUGGCCAUCACUGCAGUUUGGCAACAUUAGCAAGCUCCCCUCCUCGUGGGCUGUCAAGCGAAGGUGACCCCGCGUCCGGUGUGAGCAGAAUUGAAACGAAAUUGAGAAGGCAAUGCUUAAAAAGUUCAAGGUCUAAGUAAUUUUAGCGUCACACUAAAGCUUCUGAUGCUUGAAUAUCGCCAGUGUAUACUGCUCGCCGCUCGCGACAAGUCCUUCCGAGAAGUGUCGUGGAACAGGUGGCAAUGGCUAGAGGCCUUGUCUUUUGACCAUGGAAAUUUAUUUCUUUCAUUGUAGUAGGAUAAAUACAUUUAAUGCAGAAAAAAAAUAAAAAAAACAGUCAUAACCACCAUUUACGGUAUCGUUCCUGCUGAUAGAACUGAUCUAUUCACUUUUUUGUAUGUGUGUGCUUUCAGUGCUGUUGUUGAAACAACAAUUUAUAACGCCUAUAAUGCCAUUUUCUGUGCCCAAGUCGAGAUUUUUAGCGCCUUUUGUAGGCGCCUACAACAAGUUUUUUUUUUUGUGCCUAAAUAUCUGGGCUCUAGUUAUGGCAUACAUACGCUGCAGUGCAUUCUAAAAACAUGCAUUUUGCAUGAACAUCCUAGCUGUGGUCAUCAGCCUUUAUAUCUUACAAACACCAGGUGCUCAAACUGGGGAACAUUUUUCUAAUAAAAGUAUCGUCUUUCUUUCUUCAGAGAAGACAAUGGAUACAAGAGCCAUCAAAAAUCUUUCUGGCACUUCUCCUGACUGACCUGGAACCAAUGCACACACAGAAGAAUUGAACACAGACCACUCCCCUGGGGACAGACACAAGGGCUGACAGCUGUUUAUUAAGGAAGAGGCAAGAAAUACUUUGAGUCAUCACGUUCCACCGCAUCUGAUUCGCAACCCCAGGAAAUGCUGCUCUCUCUAAAGUUCGACGGUGACCUCUUGAGGGUAAAAUUGGAACCACCUGAUGUUGCGUGCCUACCACAACAGGGCCAGGUCCAGCGACGGCACUGCGACCAGCCUCCAUCAGGAGGGGCGACACCUGGCAGGUGUCGCAUUAAAGAAGAACCUCGAGAGGAAUCUUCAAAUGAAGAUCCAAUCACAGCAGUGAAGACAGAGCCUUACAACGUUGGAAUUAUAGCAGAGCAGGAGCAAAUGGGGCACAGCUGUGGCUCUGCGUCACAAGGAGUGACAGCUGGGAUGUGUCACAUUAAAGAAGAACCUCGAGAGGACUCUUUGAAUGAACAUCCAAUCAUAGAAGUGAAGACAGAGCCUUACAACAUUGCAGUCUUGACAGAACAGGACCAGAUGGGACACAACUGUGAUUCAACAUCAGAAGGAGCCAGAGAAAGAACUGGUACGCUCCCUGUUAAGGACCAGCCAAGAGGAAGUGGUGAUCGAGCAGCUUCAGGUUCCACUUCUUCAAAUGCGCAGUUCAAGGUCGACACAACAACAGCUGAACUGCAAUUCGACAAUGCAGCACUGGUGACUACGAACUGUCGACCCACAGGGCAACCUCUCAAGCAGAGUAAGACUCAAGAGGCAGGCAAAUUAGGCAAAGAGAAAGAAGGACCGUAUAAGCGUUCAACGUUUGUUCAACUAUAUGCAUCGAGAUUGACCGCAAGAAAGUUCACCCGAAAAGUGACGACACGAAGACACUUGCAUGUGACGCAUGUUCCAAUACAUUCCAUCACCAGUCAACCCUGCUAGAGCAUGCAAACCAUCACACAGGAGAAGGGUUGCAGAAGUGCAGGCCGUGUGCACUUGUGAGAGUGUCUAGCUCACGCAACGGCGAUCUCAGCACUGCAGAGUUCAGCCUGAGCAGGACCCUCAGGUGUCACAGGCAAAUACGUACCCUCAAGAAACCAUAUAAAUGCGAUAUUUGUCCUGCACAUUUCAGCGAUAGCUCAAAGCUGCGGAAUCACUGGCGAACACACACGGGUGAGAGGCCCUACAAGUGCGAUCUCUGUCCUGCAGAGUUCAGACAUAGCACAAGCCUAUCAAAUCACAAGCGGGAACACAUGGACGAGAAGCCAUACAAGUGCAAUCUCUGUCCUGCAGAAUUCAGCGACAGCAAGAAGCUGCGGAAUCACAAGCGAAAGCACGCGGAUGAGAUGGCAUACAAGUGCAAUCUCUGCCCUGCAGAGUUCAAUAAUGGCACAAGCCUGUCAUGUCACAAGCGAACACACACUGGCGAGAAGCCAUACAGGUGCAAUCUCUGUCCCAGAGCGUUCAGCGAGAGAGCGAACCUUUCGCGGUCACAAGCGAGCGCACACAGGUGUGAAGCCCUACAAGUGCAAUCUCUGUCCUGCAGCGUUCAGCCGGAGCACCAAUUUGUCACGUCACAAACGGACACACACGGGUGAGUAGCCAUUAAAUUGCGACCUGUGUCCUGCACAGUUCGGCCAGGGUCACACGUGGGCACACACAGGCCAGAAGUCAUAAAGGUGACCUGGUCUAAAAGGUCAGAGGUCAAAAGGCCUAAAGAAAGGCCAGAAGUCAUAAAGGUGACCUGGUCUGCAGGACCUGAAAGGUCUUGCAGAUUUCACUCGCAGCACGCACUUGCGAUGCCACAGGCAGCACUCGUGAUUGCACUAGUGAUAAGCAAGCUAUGCUAUUACUAGAUAUGUAUGUAAUUUCAUUUUCUAAAAUUCCUGUCUGUGAGUUACUGCUGAUGGCCUAACAAAUUGGUAUUUAAAGUGUGAGUCAACAAUAAACGUUUCAGUUGAGAGUA